CAUGGUCGGCCGCGGCGCAGGCGCGGUGGCGCGAGUUCGGCAGUGGAAAAACAUGGCGGCCCCGACGCUUACUGCGAGGUUGUAUUCCCUGCUGUUUCGCAAGACCUCCACCUUCGCCCUGACCAUCGCCGUGGGCGCCGUGUUCUUCGAGCGCGCCUUCGAUCAAGGCGCGGACGCGAUCUACGAACACAUGAACCAGGGGAAGCUGUGGAAACACAUCAAGCACAAGUAUGAGAACAAGGAAUAGUUCCUCGGAGGUCCCCAUCCAGGCCAGAAGGACCAGGUCCACCCGCCAAGUGUUGGCCCAGAGCCAGGGCCUCAGCUUGAAGAUGAUGCUCACGUUACUCUCUAUGGACCACCUUUAGAUGUUGGCAAGAGAUGACUUCAGCUGACACACUCUUUAACUUCUGCUAUGUUUGAAGUAUGUUUAGUCAGAGUCAUCAGCAAAUAAAUGUAAAUUCUCCUUGAUACCUG